AUGAUCGCGCGCCUCGCUUCAGACGACGAAGAGUCAAUUCCUGCUGUUGUUGUCUUCUCCGUCGAUGUGUUCAACGGACUGUACACUUCGAUAUGUAUGCAGUCGUCGGGUACGUGGUGGGCAUCCUUUUUGAUGAUCGCAUUGAACGGUGGAUAUACGGUACUAUCGAUCCUAGAGAUCAAUCGCGCAGCAGCGUUGCUCAGUAAAUUAGAUCGAAAGAAUGGCAUUGUUCCUCAAGUAUCGCACAGUAUUGUUCCGAUACUCGAUGCCUGUAGCCAUUCUUCGAGUUUACAUAAAACGCAGAGAUGCGCAACCUCUGUUAAAAAGCUCAACGCCGCUGCAUCACAUUCAGGCAAAAUAACUAUUAAGGAGAGUAAACUUGCGAUGGCAUCCAAAUUGCUGUUCUACCUUGAAUAUCGAGCAUUGGUUGGAUACAUCGAAGGCAUCAUUCCGUUAAUGUAUGCUGCCUACCUAUCGAUUCUCGUCAACCUUCCCAGUGCCAAGUAUUAUCCUCACACGCGAAGUCUUUCCUCUGAACAACUAAACACAACUGUUGGCAGUAUCAUGGCCUAUGCAUCGACGGAGAAUCUAUCUCUACUCUGGCUUCAUGUCGUUGUGAAGCGUAAGCUUGGUUUUUCGUUGCUGUACCAGCUUGCGUUUGUCCUGGAGACUGAGGCGGAGUUGUUACAAGGCCGGCUCUUUGUAUGGAUAGUUAUCCUGCUGCAGCUUCCUUUGGUACACUUUGGUGCGGAUUUUGGGUUUGAAUUCAACUGGAUGAAGGACGAGCAGGAUAAUCGGUGAUCAGACAAACGAUGCAAGCAACUGCAAUGAACUCUUUACGGUAAAAAAAAAUGUUAGCUAAAGCUCUUGGAUUGAAAAUGUGAACAGAAGACAUCGAAAACCCACUGAAAUCUCGUAUCG